CCCACUUUUGGCACUUUCCCUUCCGGCCCCCUCUCCUCGGCGCGAUCUAAAUCCGGUCCGGCGAUGGACGGCGGGGGGCAGCCCCCGGACACGGAGAUGACAGACGCCGGCUUGGGCGGCGGGGGGCAGCCGCCGCCGCCGCCGCAGCAGCCGGCGGGCGGGGCCGGGAUGAUGGAGAACAUCCACGCGACGCUCAGCCACGGUGGCCGCUUCAUCCAGUACAACAUCUUCGGCAACGUGUUCGAGGUCACCUCCAAGUACAAGCCCCCCAUCCUCCCCAUCGGCAAGGGCGCCUACGGCAUCGUCUGCUCGGCGCUCAACUCCGAGACGGCAGAGCAGGUGGCCAUCAAGAAGAUCGCCAACGCCUUCGACAACAAGAUCGAUGCCAAGCGCACGCUCCGCGAGAUCAAGCUGCUCCGCCACAUGGACCACGAGAAUAUUGUUGCAAUAAGAGAUAUCAUACCUCCUCCAUUGAGGGAGGCAUUCAAUGAUGUGUAUAUUGCCUAUGAAUUGAUGGAUACUGAUCUGCAUCAAAUUAUUCGUUCAAAUCAAGCUUUGUCAGAGGAGCACUGUCAGUAUUUUCUUUAUCAAAUUCUUCGUGGCUUGAAGUAUAUACAUUCAGCAAAUGUCCUUCACCGUGACUUGAAGCCUAGCAAUCUUCUUUUGAAUGCAAACUGUGACCUCAAGAUAUGUGAUUUUGGGCUUGCUCGCACCACCUCAGAAACUGAUUUUAUGACUGAAUAUGUUGUCACAAGAUGGUAUAGAGCACCAGAGCUUUUAUUGAACUCCUCUGAAUAUACUGCUGCCAUUGAUGUGUGGUCUGUGGGCUGUAUAUUUAUGGAACUGAUGGACCGAAAACCCUUGUUUCCUGGAAGAGAUCAUGUCCAUCAGCUACGUCUACUAAUGGAGCUCAUUGGAACACCGAAUGAGGCUGAUCUUGAUUUUGUAAAUGAAAAUGCAAGAAGAUAUAUCCGCCAACUUCCCUGUCAUGCUAGACAGUCCUUCCCUGAAAAAUUUCCACAUGUACAACCUUUAGCAAUUGACCUAGUGGAAAAGAUGCUAACUUUUGAUCCUAGACAGAGAAUAACUGUUGAAGGCGCACUUGCACACCCUUACUUGGCAUCACUUCAUGACAUAAGUGAUGAGCCAGUCUGCUCAAUGCCCUUCAGCUUCGACUUCGAGCAGCAUGCAUUAUCUGAAGAACAGAUGAAGGAUCUGAUCUACCAAGAGGCUCUUGCAUUCAACCCAGAUUACCAGUAGCCAAAGUUCGGUUCCAGCCGGGUGAUUGCCUUCAUUGACAUGGAGAUUUUUAUCCCACCUGAUGUCACUGCAAAAAGUCCCCAACUCCGAUUGCUAGCUGUAAAUAAUUGCCUUCCCCGAAGACCCCCCAUUCCUUCCUUGAUUAAAAAAAAGCAGGAGACGGUGCCAUUCAAGGGUAGAAAAGAGCGAGCUUGUGAAGGUCAAAUUUCUGCGCAGCUAUGGAUUCUUGUGCUUACAAUAUGUUGUUUUUAAUCAGGCUUUCCUUUCUUUUUCUUCUUAAGUACUUCUCGGUGUUGUCUGUAAGAGAGGUAGCUCAUGAACGAUGGCUGCCUGAAUUCAGUGGCUGUCGUCAAAGUUAACAGUUCUAGUCGACUUAAGAAUUCUUGUUUUAUCUACUUCAUUGUUUAUAUAAAAGGACCUGUAUCUCCGA